AGACUUCAAUGGGAACGCGCAACGCUUGAUUUUAGCGCGUUUUUGACACAUAAAACGCGCGUUCGAACGCGCGUCUUGGAUUUUGCAACAUGCUGGAAAAGGCACAACACCAGGUGCAAAGCACAGUUUUGGAGAGAAGCCAGCAUGGAGGAGUCCGGCUGUGACACAGAGACCCUCAUCAGGCUGGUGCAAGCCAAACGCUGCCUGUAUGAUACGCAGGAUGGCAACUACAAAAAUAGGAGGAGCAGGCAGCAGGCCUGGGAGGAUAUUGCCAAAAGCAUCUGGCCAGAUUGGAGCAGUUUAACCAAGACAGUGAAACAGGGAAAAGUCAACACUAUCAAAGGCAAAUGGAAAAGCCUGAAAGACGCCUUUAUCCGCCAUCGCCGCAAACAAAAGGAGCAGAGGAGCGGAUCCUCCCCAGGCGGACGCUCCAGUUAUGUGCAUGCAGCACAAAUGUCUUUUCUGAUAUCGUGCACCGAAAUGCGGAGCACCGAUAGUAGCUGGGAACCCAGCCAGGCGCAAGCUGAUGAGGAAGAGGACGAGGGCACAAUGGACAGUGAGCCGGGCCCAUCUAUGGGGCCAAUGAGUCCUCCAGCCCCCCCCCCCACUCCGACUUUCGUCAGCCCCAUGCAGACUGUCCAAGCCGUACCAGAGGCAACUCGGCAGACCAGACAUAAAAGGAGGAGAACGGAGAGACAGGAGGACCGCCUAAUCGGCUGCCUAGAUGCCCUGGCACAUCCUGUGCCCAAACUUAGCAGCGACGCAUAUUUUCUCCUGAGUCUAGAGGAGAAAAUGCUGCAUGUGCCGAGACAUCUGAUCACCAAAGUAAGGGAGGAGGUGACUAACACCAUAGACAAGUAUUGCCUCCCUUACGAGCUAGCAACGUCUAGCACUGCCCCACACUCACAGGACAAUGGCAGAGACCAUGCACGAUGA